AUGUCGACCAAGAGCAAGAGCUGGCCCUGCCGAGACUCGUGGCCGCCGACGCAGGUGCGCCUCGUGCCGUCGACGUCGCGCAAGCACCGAGGCUCGAGCCGGUCGACGCACGCUCUCGAGGACAUUGACGACAACCCCCUCACCUACUUUCUCACGCCCACGCCCACAAACGACGGAGAGGCGGCCGACGACGACAUGGACUUUGACGCGGGCAUCGAGGACGCCCACUCGGGCUCGCGCGAGCUCGUCCGCAGCGUGAGCCCGUCGACGCUCGACGGCUUCGGCAAGCCCGACGCUCGCGCCGCGUCGCCCGACUUGGACUCGGACGGGCUCACGACCGACGACGACGACGACGGCGACGACGGCGAGGAGGAGUACAUCCGCUUCACGCCGGGUGGCUCGUCUCGACUGUCGUCCCUCCGCAACAUGGCCAUCGACGGGCUCAAGGUGCGAACCAGGAGUCCCGACCUCGGCGGCUCGGCCGCUUCGUUCCCGUCCCCGUCGUGGGCGAGGGGCAGGAGCUCGGCCCGGCCGAGGCGUGGCCUGUCGCGCAGCGUCUCGGCCCGGCCCCGGCCCAGCAGGCUGUGGCGGGAGCCGAGCCCGGACGUGUGGUCGAUCGAAGAGGAGACGGAGGAGGAGAUGAUGGGCGAAAAGGGUGCGAGUGCGACGAAGAAGGAGGCGGCGGCGGUACAGGAGAUGGCUGCAAAGCCCAAGAAGCGCGUGCGCUUCCUGCUUCCCUCGAUGGACCCGUGA